AGAACCAAAUUUAUAACACGACUUACUUAAGUCCUGGUCAAAGUUAUGAGUUGCCACUACCUCAUGAAAUGUCAUAUAUGAUUUUUCUUGAAUAAUUAAAGGUUCAUAAAAAGUCCUGCACAUACUCGCACUCUCAAGAUGUCUUCAUUCCUGGGGCUCGAAGGUUAUCAUGUAUUCAUUACCGGUGCUGCUGGCGGCAUUGGCUCUCAAGCUGUCAAAGAGUUUCUAGACCAAGGCUGCAAAGUAACAGCCCACGACCUCCAUCCUAUCACCAGCCUCCCCUCCUCCCAUCAACUCUUUACCGUCAACGGCGACAUAUCAUCCGAGCCCUCGAUUGAAAAAUGCAUCGCCCAAGCCGUGGCUCAUCAUGGACCUAUCAACAUCCUAAUAGCCAACGCCGGCAUAACCGACGAAUCGCAUUCCUACCCCAUCUGGCAACUCCCCCUCCCCCUCUGGCAAAAGACCUACACCAAUAACAUCCAAGGCACCUUCCUGACCAUAAAACACUUCCUCCUCUCCGCCUCCGCCCAGCAAACCGCCCACUCGGGCCAAGAAAUCGAGAACCUCGCCAUCGUAGUCACAGGCUCUGAAACCGGGAAAUUCGGACAGGCUGGCCAUAUCGAAUAUGCUUCCGGCAAAGCGGGCUUGCAAUAUGGCUUGGUUCGCGGAGUCAAGAAUGAGAUUGUGAGGUUGAAUAGUAAGGCCAGGAUUAAUGCUGUUGCGCCUGGGUGGGUCGACACACCGUUAAUCGAAGGACGACUCGAUGAUCCGAACGAAAUGUGGACAGAAGCACAAGCCACCGUCCCGCUCCGCAAAAUCGCCAAACCAGAAGACGUAGCCCGCACCAUGGCUUUCCUGGCCAGUCACCGGGCCGCUGGACAUAUUACGGGAGAAUGUAUCAGUGUCGACGGUGGCAUGGAAGGACGUGUUGUCUGGAAGAGAGACGAGAUUCUUGAACCCUCGACCUCUGAAUUAACAAAGAGAGAAGAAUCAGUGCCAAUUCCCCAAACUCUCCCACCGCCCAAAAGAAACAUCAAAGUCCUCCUAUCCAUCGACUUCGACGCCAUAUCCGGCUUCCUAGGAACGGGCGCCUCGUCCACGACCAACAUGUCCGACUACAGCUCCGGCUACUUCUCCGGCCAAGUCGGGGUCCCUCGACUCUUGAAGCUGUUUAAAAAGCACCGGAUCUCUUCAGACGUAACAUGGUUCAUACCCGGGCACUCCAUGGAAACAUUUCCCACGCAAACGAAGAUGAUCUUGGACAGCGGAGCAGAGAUAGGAUGUCACGGGUACGCGCACGAGGGCGGGUCUCAGAUGACAGAAACGCAAGAAAGAGAUGUUAUAACCAGGUGUGUUGAGUUGGCUACCAAUCUCACGGGGAAGAGACCGCGGGGUUGGAGAGCACCGUUGUAUCAACUUAGGGAAAAUACCGUUAAAUGUCUUGAGGAACAGGGGUUCUUAUACGGUACGUUUCUCUCUCUCUCUCCCCUCUCCCCUCUGCAAGGCAGGACUGAUGAAGCAAAAGAUUCCUCCCUAACGCACCACGACUCACAACCCUAUUUCCUGCCCCAAACACCCGCCAUCCAACCCAUCGAUUUCUCGCCCCACGUCCAGGCCAGCACAUGGAUGAAACCCCUCCCUCCGCCCUCCCCACCAAACGACAAGACGCUCGUAGAACUACCAGCAAAUUGGUACAUGGAAGAUAUGACACCGAUGCAAUUCCUGCCCGCAGCACCAAACUCGCACGGCUACGUGCCGACAAGUAGUAUCCUCUCCAUGUGGCAAUCUCGAUUCGAGUAUUUAUACCACGAGUCCUCUGACGACGACGAGAGAGGGGGCCAUUUCAUCUUCCCGCUAGUGCUGCACCCUGAUACUUCGGGGAUGGCGCAUGUGAUUGGGAUGAUUGACCAGAUGAUCACUUGGCUGAAAGGGUGGCGAGAGGAAGUGAGAUUUUGUAGGUAUGAGGAUGUAGCUAGAGAGUGGAAGGCGAGACAGAAGAUUUGAGGAACUGGUGGAAGCUUGUGUGAGAGCAAAAAAAUAAGGCAAUUUUGAACUAGCAAAGCAAUCCAGUAUGUGGAUAUAGGGGUAUCAUAAACAUAAUCUCCCAAACGCCAAACCCCUUUUUUCUCGUUCAACGCCGAUCCGAAAAUCAAGUAGCCUCGCUGUUUGGCGCUUGCCAGACGCUAUAAGUCCAUUUAUCACAU